GGCCGCGUGGCGUCAGCGCAAGAUGGCGGCCUCGGUGGCUCUCUUCUCGCGCUUGCGGAGCGGGCUCCGGGUAGGCGCGCGGGGACUGUGCACGCGGCUGGCACCUCCACCUCCCCGCAGUCCAGAGCAGGUUACUGAGAUCGCCAACCGUGGGGGCUCCAAGGCCCAAGGGCCACAGCAUCAGCCAGGCUCAGAGGGUCCCAGCUAUGUCAAAAAAGUUGCACUCUGGAUUGCUGGUUUGCUUGGGGCUGGUGGGACUGUCAGCAUCGUCUAUAUUUUUGGAAACAACCCUGUGGAUGAAAAUGGCACCAAGAUCCCUGAUGAAUUCGACAGUGAUCCAAUUCUGGUUCAGCAGUUGCGCCGGACAUACAAAUACUUCAAAGAUUACAGACAGAUGAUCAUCGAGCCCACCAGUCCCUGCCUUCUCCCAGACCCUCUUCGAGAGCCCUACUACCAGCCACCUUAUACACUGGUCCUGGAGCUCACCGGGGUCCUUCUGCAUCCAGAGUGGUCGCUGGCCACUGGCUGGAGGUUUAAGAAGCGUCCAGGCAUCGAGACCUUGUUUCAGCAGCUUGCUCCUCUGUAUGAAAUAGUCAUCUUCACAUCAGAGACUGGCAUGACCGCAUUUCCACUCAUUGAUAGCGUGGAUCCCCAUGGCUUCAUUUCCUACCGUCUGUUCCGGGAUGCCACCAGAUAUAUGGAGGGGCAUCAUGUGAAGGACAUCUCAUGUCUGAAUCGGGACCCAGCCCGAGUAGUGGUUGUGGACUGCAAGAAGGAAGCUUUCCGCCUACAGCCCUUCAACGGUGUCGCCCUGCGGCCCUGGGAUGGCAACUCGGAUGAUCGGGUCUUGCUGGACCUGUCUGCCUUCCUCAAGACCAUUGCACUGAACCAAGUGGAGGAUGUCCGGACUGUGCUGGAGCACUACGCUCUAGAAGAUGACCCAUUGGAGGCAUUCAAACAGCGGCAGAGCCGGCUUGAGCAGGAGGAGCAGCAGCGCCUGGCCGAGCUGUCCAAGUCCAACAAGCAGGGCCUCUUCUUUGGCUCCCUCACCAGCCGCCUGUGGCCUCGCUCCAAGCAGCCCUGACUACUAGGCCUCCUCAGAGACUUGGUGCCUGGGCCUCAGGCCCCAGCCCUCACAGAGCAAGGUUUGGACAGCUGUGUGUCCAAUAAAGCAAGUCCCAGAUGCCACAAUGCCUGUGUCCAGAGAGUCCAGAUGGGGCACUGGGGUGAGGUCUUGGACUCGGUCAUCAUUCCCAGUGACUGAGCACCACCACCAAGCUGGGUGCCAUGAGUGCCUCGCUGGAGUGGGGCUCCUGCCAGCCUGAAAUGGAAAAACGGAAAACCUGGGUUUCUGCUGCACAUGUCUUCCCAUACACUCUAUGAGCUGCAAAGAAAAGCCCCCCUCCUCCCUUUCUCCCUCUUCCUCUCCUUCCCUUCUUCUCUCCCUCCUUCCCUCUAUCUCCCUUGUGUGCUGUAGAAAUAAAGAGAAGGAUGGCCUCUGGGGAGCCCCCUCAAGGGCUGUCAGCCCUUGGGACUGUGGUUCUGGAGCUGUUUGGUCAUCCACACCUCAUGGAAGCUAGAAA